CUUAGAAAGACAGGAAACAACAGCUCUACAUCAAUACGAUGGCUCCCUCAACAAUGGACAGGAAAAGGAAAGCCGUUACUAGAGAUGUUACCGAGUUGUCAGAUGUCGAGUCGGAGGCAGAAUUUGGAGACGGCCUGCUGGAGGGUAUCUUGUCGCAAAGCGAAGAUUCAGAAAACGAGAGUGACGAAAAUGAGGACAGCGAUGAAGCAGAAGACGAAGAAGAUCUUGACGAGCUUGAGGAUUUAGGCAGCGAUGAGAUACCAUCUGAAGAGAGUGAGGACGAUGUGGAGGACCAGAAUGGAGGACUUGUCAAGAGCAAUGGCAAAAACUCCCGACUUUCAGACCUUGUACACAGGCAAGCACAAACGAAGGAAGAGAAGGAAGACAAACCCAAUUACACGGUAACCACGGAUGCCAAUGGAGGUGAAAGAUAUGUCUACGAAGAGAUAGACCCCGUUUAUGACUCCGACGACUCGGAUGCGCCAGUCACCACCAACACCGUAGGAAAUAUCCCAUUGACUUUCUAUGACUCGUAUCCUCACAUUGGCUACGAUAUCAAUGGCAAGAAGCUUAUGCGGCCGGCAAAGGGAGAAGCUUUGGAUGCAUUAUUGGACAGCAUAGACAUUCCCAAGGGUUGGACUGGUCUCACAGAUCCAGCUACAGGAAAACCUCUGAACCUCAGUCAAGAUGAGUUGGAGAUAUUGAAACGAAUCCAGACGAAUGAGAUGCCGGAGGAAGGCUAUGACCCUUAUCCAGCGACUGUGGAGUACUUCACUGGAAUUGAAGAGAUCAUGCCUCUUAGUGCAGCUCCCGAGCCAAAGCGACGCUUCCUUCCCUCCAAGCAUGAGGCAAAGCGGAUAAUGAAGAUUGUCCGUGCUAUCAGAGAGGGCAGGAUACUACCGUAUAAGCCACCCGAGGAAAGAGAAGACGAGGAAGAGGAGGUUCAUUAUGACAUUUGGCAGGAUGAGCAGCCUCGACCUGAUCAUGUUAUGAAUAUUCCCGCUCCAAAGGCACCACCACCAGGGUAUGAUCUCAGCUACAAUCCUCCACCAGAGUAUCUGCCCUCGAAGUCUGAGAAGCAAGCUUGGGACAACACGGACCCCGAAGAUAGAGAGAAAGAGUACCUGCCAACCACUCAUGACUCCCUGCGAAAAGUGCCAGCUUACGAUAAGUUCAUCAAAGAGAGAUUUGAACGAUCUCUUGAUCUGUACUUGGCACCCAGAGUUCGAAAGAACAGACUUAAUAUCGAUCCAGCAUCACUGCUUCCAAAGUUGCCCAAGCCCGAAGAACUCAAACCAUUCCCAACAGUGUGUUCAACUCUAUUUCGUGGUCAUGAAGGGCGAGUGCGAAGCUUGGCAAUCGAUCCAUUAGGUGUUUGGCUUGCUAGUGGUGGGGAUGAUGGCACUGUUCGAGUUUGGGAACUUUUGACUGGCAGACAGCUUUGGAGUGCAAACAUUGGAGAUGAGGAAGCAGUCAACGUCGUGAGAUGGCGACCAGGAAGAGAUGCUGUCAUCCUCUCAGCAGCUGCUGGAGAAGAUAUCUACCUACUCGUGCCUCCAGUUGUUGAUCCAGAGACCGAGACAGCAAGCAGAGAUUUGCUUGAUGCAGGGUUUGGCUACGCAACAAAUGCUACCCAAGCAUUAACCGCAAACGGUCAAAAGAAAGAACCUGUUGCAAAAUGGACACGUCCUGGCUUUCGACUAGAGGAUGAAGGAGUUCUCAUCAAGAUCACGGUACGAACCACAGUCAAGGUCAUCAGCUGGCACAGGAGAGGAGAUUUCUUCUCGACUGUAUCUCCAACAGCACAGAAGAGUGCUGUUGCAAUCCAUACUCUCUCCAAACAUCUCACGCAAAUUCCUUUCCGCCGACUUCCAGGUAUCCCUCAAACCGUUCAGUUCCAUCCCUCGAGACCUCUAUUCUUUGUUGCCACACAACGAACAAUUCGAAGCUAUGACUUGCAAAAGCAAGAACUUGUCAAGAUUAUACAGCCAGGUGCGAGAUGGAUCUCAUCCUUCGAUAUCCACCCUGGUGGAGACAACCUGAUUGUUGGAUCUUAUGAUCGACGACUGCUGUGGCACGAUCUUGAUCUUUCAACUCGACCCUACAAGACCAUGAGAUUCCACUCAAAGGCCAUUCGAGCAGUGAAAUAUCACAAGGGUGGCUUCCCAUUGUUUGCAGACGCCAGUGAUGACGGUAGUCUACAAAUCUUCCACGGCAAGGUUGUAAGCGACAUGAUGGAAAACGCUACGAUCGUACCUGUAAAGGUAUUGAAGGGACACAAGGUGAAAAGUGCUUUGGGAGUUAUGGAUAUUGAUUGGCAUCCAAGAGAACCUUGGUGUGUUAGUGCAGGCGCGGACGGAACUUGUCGUUUAUGGAUGUGAUAUCAACUCUUGUUACUUGUUGCUCAUAGCAUUGGUGUUAUGGUUGUUAGACAUCAGUUAUUGACAAUGAAAAAAAGCAUAAAAUCAUGCUCUGCAAGGUG